GUUCGGGGAAAGCGAGGUCCCUCCCGCAGCACAGAGCGUUGCGUUCUGCACCUCAUCGAGCUCAGAAAGUUCAAGAAAGGAAGUAUUCUGGAUGGAUGGCUGUUUGGAAACCCAUUGCCGUAGCCAGCUCUUCUUCAGUACUUAAGGAUUUACUCUGGCAUUGAGUAAUGAGAAUUUCGAAACCAUAUUUGAGAAGUACUUCCAUCCAAUGCUACUUGUGUUUACUUCUGAACAGUCAUUUUUUAACUGAGGCUGGCAUUCAUGUCUUCAUUUUGGGCUGUAUCAGUGCAGGUCUUCCUAAAACAGAAGCAAACUGGCAGCAUGUAAUAAGUGAUUUGAAAAGAAUUGAAGAUCUUAUUCAAUCUAUACACAUGGAUGCCACUUUAUAUACUGAAAGCAAUGCUCAUCCCAAUUGCAAAGUAACAGCAAUGAAGUGCUUUCUUCUGGAGUUACGCGUUAUUUUGCACGAGUCCAGAAAUUCGGACAUUAAUGAUACAGUAGAAAACCUUAUCAUCCUAGCAAACAGCAGUUUAUCUUCUAUUGAGUAUAAAACUGAAUCGGGAUGCAGAGAAUGUGAGGAGCUGGAGGAAAAAAAUAUUAAAGAAUUUUUGAAGAGUUUUGUACAUAUUGUGCAAAUGUUCAUCAACCCUUCUUGAUUGCAGCUGAUCCUUCUCAGCAUUUCUAUUAUUAACAAACAUCUUCCCACUGCUUAGAGGCAAUGAAACACUCAGCCUUUCAAAUGUGCUGUCAAAACAAAUUCUUCUGGCAAGAGGAUGAUCAGGAUCUUGGAUCAGAUGAACUCCUAGAAAUGAAGGCUGAAAAAUGGCAUUGAGUACCAUGGUGUCUAUG